UACAUUCCGGUAUCAAAAACUCCCAAACCACCAGUUACACGCAGGCCAAGAACACCUACUCCCGAACCUCGCGAAGACUAUAAGUGUCUAUUUGUUGCUGAUAUGUACAAUUUCAAAAAUGACUCAAAAGCUUACGAUAAUGAGACAGCAUUCAUUGCUGAAGUUGGCCUGAGCUUCUUUGUUAGCAACAAAAUCGACGCAACUGCUGGAGUGUGGGCAUAUGGCCACACCAAUUUUUCGGAUGUUCCAGAACUCAACGAAAUGAAGACCACAUAUCACGCCUUCUUAGAGAACUUGGAAAAACUGGACUAUACCAACAUUUCAAACCCUUUAAAUACGACGCAGUAA